AAUUCUAGGGGCAAUAACUUGAUAAAUUGCACUUUCUACACGGAAGAUAGGUGCACACGCGGUUAACUUCCCCGAUUGCACGCUUACCCUAUUAGCGUUGCAUUCAUUCAUUGCACUCGUAGCAUAGAGUUUACAAACGGUGCAAAUCAGCAUAUCAGAAAGUUUACUAAUUGUAAUGAGUAUUCGUAUCGUUAAUCGUGCGAGGAUGCUCUUAUGUUUGUGAUAUGUUUUAAAGUCAAAAAUACAUAUAUAAUUAAAACUGUAUAAAUAGCACCGACCCGACGCGACGCGACGAUCAUCCGGUGACUUUCACGGACUGAACACGUAAUUUAUGAUAAAACCGACUGAUUGGAAGGAAAAAAGGUGCCAAAAUUAUUACGUGACAAUGAUGAAAUAUUUAUCGAUCCAUGUCAGUCGGUCGUACAAAAUCGAAGAACAAAGAUGGGCGCGCAACUUGGUCGAUUGCAUAAUCGGAGAAAGUGAUUGCGAAACGAGUCAGUCACUCGACGUACGGGUAAUGCCGGUCCCGGUGUUUGUGGCCGGUUGAACAUUAUAUCAUAAAGCGAGGGAAACGUUAUGUCACGAAAUCGUGGAUGGUUCAACGAACUACACUCGAUCGAUAAACUUUUGGAUUUUCAAAAUUUGAAGUUACCUUCAAGUUGUCGUUUGUUCAUUCGAAAGUAAUCGAUCGAACAGCAAAAUGGGAGCGAUCGAAUGGGUAACCCCGGAAGACAAUUACGAGUGUUCCCUUUCGGAAGAGACGCAGAAACUUGCCAAGGAGGAACUCAGAGAGGAUAAAAAUACGAGAGACCAAGCCCUCGAACAAGUACGCAACUGGAUAAAAUUGAAUCCACGUAUUCAAAACUGUCGAUUGGACGCACAAUUUUUACUAAGAUUCUUGAGAUGUAAAAAGUUUAACGUACCGAUGGCCGAAGAGGCGAUCGAAAGAUAUUUAUUGCUUCGUCAAGUAUAUCAUCCGGCAUUCAACAAUUUAGACAUGUUGGAAACAACGAUAGAAGAGUUGGUGUCUCUGGGGUAUUUGUUUGCCGUGCCUGGCCGCGACAAGAAAGGCCGUCGUGUUGUAGUUGCCAGACCAGGUGUUUUCGAUCCUCAUAAAUACACGAACGCCGACAUGUGCAGAAUGCAUGCGAUCACUUACGAAACUUUAAUGGAGGACGAGGAAAGUCAAAUAAGGGGUUUUGUUCAUUUCGCCGAUGGAGCUGGUGUGAGUUUUCCGCAUCUGACGCUUUUCACGCCAAAGGAAGCUGUUCGCAUCGUGAAAAACGGCGAGCGCACCAUACCGAUGCGGCACAAGGAGGUUCACGCCAUUAAUACGCAUCCUUCCUUGAAAUUUGCUCUCGAUUUCGGCAUGUCGUUGAUUUCGGAGAAAAUUAAAAAGCGUGUCAAAAUUUACACCAGCCUGGAAGAUGCGAUCAAUCGAAAAAUGGACACGAGCAUGUUGCCUAAAGAGUACGGCGGUACAAUGCCGAUGAAGGAAAUGAUCGCGCUAUGGAGAAAGGAGUUGCUAGAAAUGAGACCGACGUUGUUGAGUCACGAUAAGAUGAGAGUAUGUUUGGAUUUGUACUCGGACAAGGCUCGAGAAGGUGCGGUGUCUGCUCUGAAACAAGGUUUUAGCUGUUCCGAAAUCGGGACCAGCGAUUCCACCAUGUACGGUAUCACCGGUUCCUUCAGAAAACUCGAAGUCGAUUGAACAAUAUUGCAAACUGAUAUGAUGGCAAUUUUCGCGAUGAGAAAAUGGCAAAACUUCGAUCUCGGUCAGCGCAAAUCGUUUUUGGGCUCGAUCAAUUGUUGAUAUAAAUAUUUAAAUUACGUUUAGAAACGUAAGGCGCGGUGUUUAGAAAUAGUGUCACGAAAUUUUAGUUACGUUUUGUAGUCUUAUCGUUAAAUGCCGUAAACGUAGAGGUGAAUGAAGAAAUCGAAGGGAUUUGAAUUGGACUUGAAACGAUAGGGUUGCGUUUUGAUAGUUCGUAAAUUACAUGUAAUUCUAUAUUUGUCGCUUGUAAAUAAGACUGUGUCAAUGGAAAUAAAUGUAUACCUUUUUUUUUUUUUUA